AGAGAGAGAGAUCGAGAGAGAGAAACGUUGAGCAGUGGGAGAGUGAAAGAGUAUCAGUCAAAGAAAGAUCCAAAAGGCUGAAAGGGAGAGAGAGCGAAAGAUUGUCUGAGAGAGCCUCUUUGCGCUGUCCCACCCCCUGACUGGUCUUCGCCUCCCCUACAGUCCUGAGAAGCCAGCCCCGAACAGAGAGAGAGAAAGAAAAAAGAAAGGAGAAGAGAGAAAAAGAGAGGGGACACACACUAGCUCAGGACUCUGGAAUUCGAAACCUUUGGAGCAACACACACACACACACACACUUACACACACAUACACACUCAUGCACGGUCUCUGUGGUGAUUUGGAUCGUUCACAGCGGGAAUAACUCUGAGAGAUCGAGAGAGAGAGAGAGUGUGUGAGAGAGAGAGAGAGCGAGAGAGAGCGGGAGAGAUUCUUUCUACAUUUCUUUACUCUGGACUCUACUGCUACACCAUGGCACCUGUCACGGGCAGAGAAUCACGGACCUAGGAGCGCCACAUUGCCAGGAACACACAGAUAGCAAGACAGUACAAAGGUUCCAGUGCCACUGUGAGAAGCUUUUUCAGUCCCGUUGGAGCUGAGAGGUGUGCAGUACGACAGACGCAGAACGGGGGAACGCCACACAACACCCCGAAGGCUGACAUCCGUUUUGGAGAGGAGAGCGACGACAACUAGCCGUCUGUUGUUACGACAACAACCAGACCCAUUUCAACCCGAGGCGUGCCAGGCUAGUGCCAACCCCAGGACACCAUGAUGAUGGCAGUGACGAUGAUGACGACGUGGGGCUCCCUGCUCCUCGUGGCCUCCCAGGUCUCAUCCAGCGGAAUCCCCAAGACCAGCGCCUCCUCUUCACCCUCCUUCUCCUCACACCCAUCCUCCUCUUCCUCAUCCUCCCCUCGCAUGAAGCUCUCCUACAAAGAGCUGCAGCAGUUCCACGGCGUGCGCCGGUUCGAGCUGGAGCGUUCAUGCUGUUUCAGCGCCCUGUUGCUGGACGAGGAGAGGGGACGGCUCUUCGUGGGCUCACGCAACUUCCUGCUGUCACUCAGCCUGGAUAACAUUGCCAAGCAGGAGCACAAGAUCUACUGGCCGGCCCCUGUGGACUGGAGGGAGGAGUGUAACUGGGCAGGAAAGGACAUCAACACAGACUGUGUGAACUACGUGAAGAUGGUCCACCACUACAACCGCACUCACCUGUACACCUGUGGAACCGGAGCCUUCCAUCCCACCUGCGCCUUCGUAGAGGUGGGACAGAAGAUGGAGGACCACGUGUUCAGGAUCGACCCGUCCAAAAUGGAGGAUGGGAAAGGGAAGAGUCCAUACGACCCCCGUCACCCUGCAGCCUCGGUGCUGAUAGGUGACGAGCUGUAUGCGGGCGUGGCCACUGACCUCAUGGGUAGAGACUUCACCAUCUUCCGCAGUCUGGGGGGACGACCCUCCAUUCGCACCGAACAACACGACUCACGCUGGCUCAACGAGCCUAAGUUUGUGGGUUCGUUCUGGGUGCCGGAGAGUGAGAACCCAGACGAUGAUAAGAUCUUCUUCUUCUUCCGGGAGACGGCGGUGGAGGCUCAGGGCCUGGGGAAGUCCACCUACUCCCGUAUCGGACAGCUCUGCAGGAAUGAUAUGGGUGGCCAGCGUAGUCUGGUCAACAAGUGGACCACGUUCUUGAAGACUCGUCUCAUCUGUUCUGUGCCGGGCAGUGACGGCAGUGACACGUACUUUGACGAGCUCCGGGAUGUGUUCCUGCUGCAGACCAAGGACAGGAAGAACCCUCUGGUCUACACUGUCUUCUCUACCUCCAGCAGUGUAUUCAAGGGAUCAGCCGUGUGUAUCUACACCAUGAAUGACAUCCGCAGGGCCUUCUUGGGGCCCUUCGCCCACAAAGAGGGUCCAAACUACCAGUGGGUCCCCUUCCAGGGCAAAGUCCCCUACCCACGCCCUGGCAUGUGCCCCAGCAAGACAUUCGGCAGCUUCGAGUCCACCAAGGGUUUCCCUGACGACGUGAUCCAGUUUGCCCGUCACCACCCUCUCAUGUUUAACCCCGUGUACCCCCUGAACCGCCGGCCCGUCUUCCUGAGGACCAACGUAGACUACAGCUUCACCCAGAUCGCCGUGGACCGGGUGGGCGCCGCAGACGGGCAUUAUGAUGUCAUGUUCAUUGGCACAGACAAAGGGACGGUGCUGAAAGUGAUCUCUGUACCGAAAGAGAGCUGGAACAACAUGGAGGACCUGCUACUGGAGGAGCUAGAGGUGUUCAAGGAUGCCUCAUCCGUCAUCAACAUGCAGAUAUCCUCAAAACGGCAACAGCUGUAUGUGGGCUCAGACACGGGUCUGGCCCAGGUUCCUCUGCAUCGCUGCAGUAUCUAUGGGAAGGCCUGUGCUGAGUGCUGCCUGGCCAGAGACCCCUACUGCGCCUGGGACGGCACCUCCUGCACCCGCUACCUACCCAACACCAAGCGGCGUUUCCGUCGUCAGGACGUGAGGAAUGGAGACCCCAACACCCUGUGUUCAGGAGACCACCACAAGCACCGGGUGGCAGAGAGGAGGCUGUUCGGGGUGGAAGGGAGCAGCACCUUCCUGGAGUGUAUCCCCAAAUCCCUGCAGGCCAGAGUGACCUGGACCUUCCAGAAACAACCCCACAAUGCCAAGGAAGAGCCGCGUCUGGAUGACCGUGUGCUGCAGACAGAGCGGGGGCUGUUGGUGAGGAGGGUACUGAAGCGGGAUGUGGGCCUCUACCAGUGCCACGCCAUGGAGCACGGCUUCACCCAGACCCUACUGGGCAUCACCCUGGAGGUAGUACCCUCCUCCUCCUCUUCCUCCCCGCCCGCCGACCCUCUCCUUCGAUUGGACCCCCGCAGCGGAGGCGGCGGCCCACCUUCCACCAAUCAGAAGCUGUGGUACCGGGACUUCAUGCAACUGGUGGACCACCCGAACCUCAGCACCGUGGAUCAGAUCUGUGAGCAGGUGUGGGCGCGCAAGAGCGCCCAAUCGGACAAGAGCUUCCCGUCUUCUCCCGACAAACAGGCCCCGCCCAUCGGUCCCGUGGUCCGUCCCCCUAACAAGAAGUGGAAGCAUCUGCAGGACAUCCGCAAGGGGAGGAACCGCCGAACCCACGACGGGAAACCCUCCCCACGAGCACCACGCAGCGCAGGGGAGUGACAACAGAGAGAGAGGAGAGAAAGAAGGAGAGAGACUGAGGGUGGCGAGAGAGGGAAGAGAGGGAAGAGAGGGAAGAGGAAAAGAGAGAGACAGAGACUGAUAGAGACCAAGGACUUCUGGAGGGUGUCAACACAUACACAGCACCUCCUUCUUUGUGAAUAUUUAUCUUCCGACACCCCACUAGCUACUGCCCCAUGAUGCUUCACUCUGCCCUGACCCCUGACCCCUGAAUAACUUGUACCGCCCCUUAUUAUUCCACCUAUCUUAAUUCUCUGUCCCAGCUCUCAAUCCCUUUGGGUGUACUCUCCUGGAGAACUUCUGAUGGAGACCUCACCUCUACAGAACAGACUGAACAGAGUCCCCAAGUUAAAAGAUGGCUCAGUGUAUGUCACUCAAUCUCUCAACUGGAAUUACAACUGGCUCGUAACCGGAAUAUCCGAAUGGAAAAAGACACACAUACACACCACAGGAGGUUGGUGGCACCUUAAUUAGGGAGGACGGGCUCGUGGUAAUGACUGGAGUGGAAUCAGUGGAACGGUAUCAAACACGUGGUUUCCAAUAGUUUGACGCCAUUUCAUUUGCUCCGUUUCCGGCCGUGUUUAUGAGCCGUCCUCCCCUCAGCAGCCUCCUGUGAUACACGUUUACAACCCGAGAUGACAGUACCUUUGAUGACACGGACUACAAAUUGUGAGAUGGGACAAAAACAAUGGGCUCCGCAGACCUCCAAACGCACAUUGAUCAACUUAGGUAUAAUCACAUUUCACGUGUUUUGCAAAGAGAGCAUCACGUGGAAGUGUGCUUUGUGACAGAUGCAGGCUUUGAUAUUCUUUUUUUUGGUCCAAACCACUACAGAUAGGAGAAAGCACUACUGUCAUUCCAGGGUAUAGAGAGAGCUGUUACAAUGAGGUGAGAUUCUGAAGCAGAGAGAGAGAGAGAGAGAGCGUACAGGAUCAACACAAUGGUUCCAUUGUGAUUCUAUUUUACAAAAUGGCUGACAAGGUAGAGGAAGUGGGCGAUGUUCUACCUGUGUGUUUAUGGGGUGACAAGGUAGAGGAAGUGGGCGAUGUUCUACCUGUGUGUUUAUGGGGUGACAAGAAAAAUGUUUUGUGUUUUAUUUAGUCAUUUAUUUAAAUGAUCUGUGUGUAUUUUCUGACUCGGAUGACUUGUGUUGUGUGCUGACACAUUGACAUGGGGGGAGAUGGUUGAGAUGGUUCAAGUGACAGGCUGCACAACAUCAAUGUGGACGUGGCCAAACAAUAGUGGGCUUUGAAUACGACGUCCCAACUUUGGGCAAAAAGCAUGAUAUUUAUAUGUGAAAAGAAAACAUCUCGAUUUUUUUUUAUUCCAAAUGGUACAUACAUGGUUCUUUUAGGCUUACACUGUUUGCCUAGGUAAAUGAUCAGUAGCUGUGUGUGUGCGUGCGUGCGUGCAUGCAUGCAUGCGUGCGUGCGUAAAUAAACAUCCCUCCCUCCUGUGCUGUGUCUGUAGGCCCAUCUCUGAGUGUCAAUUUUACAGCAUGUCUUUGAUGCCUUCAGUUCAGCGAAACACAUUUGUCCUCGGUGAAAUGGUGUGAGUAGAUCGCCACCUAGCUUCCUUUCCAUGUAUAGGCCUGGUCCGUUGACUUCCUACGGUACGAUUCAAUACAGUCUGUUGUCGGCUUCUUAAAAUAAAAACGCGCUUUAAAUGUUUCUCCUUUUACCAGUGAAGUCUGUGAGAGCGUACAGAUGUAAGGAAUCCCGCCUUUUAUUUAUAGCUGCUUAAUAAAGGUGUAAUUAUUAACUUUUGAACGACUGAGGCCAAUAAGUUAGGUGGGCUGUAGUUUUGUGCUCUCCAAUUGCAUGACCAAGGUUAGGGACUAGACGGUGCACAAUGGAGACUUUGGCUGCCUAUCUGAAUGGCACUCAGGGCCCAUAGGGUCCUGGUCAAAAGUAGUGCACCAUAUAGGGAAUAGAGUGCCAUUUGGGAGACACCCUUUGAGAGGCGAGAGGGUCUUGUGUUCAAUAUGUUCAAUAUGGUUAUCCUAUGUAUUCAUGUGCACAAAUAAGCUGAUAUGUUGUGGUGGAUAUUUUUUUUCUUUUCAUGUAGAGACUUGGGGCUCUAUUGAAUCUGUAUUGAUGAAGCGUUACAGAAUGCGCGACAGAAACCUAAAGGCGAUUUCCAAUUGAGGUGACAGUGUUUACUGUGAACGCAGUCUCUGCUAAUGUGGGGACGUUGCUUUUAAAUUGAAAUCAAGCUGUCACGCUAAACUACAGCCUUACCGAUUGAUUGGAGCCCUUGCAGUUGUACCAUACACGUUCUGCAAAAGCUAUCAUCAUUCAAAAAAACACUCUAAAUGUUGAUCCGGUUGUCCAAUUAGCAUCAUUGUUCUUCACGCUGCCCUCCAACCGCUGAUCCUUUCUAUUCCAUGCUAUGUUACGCACCCCAACUGUGUGUGUGUGUGUGUGUGUGUGUGUGUGUGUGUGUGUGUGUGUGUGUGUGUGUGUGUGUGUGUGUGUGUGUGUGUGUGUGUGUGUGUGUGUGUGUGUGUGUGUGUGUGUGUGUGUGUGUGUGUGUGUGUGUGUGUGUGUGUGUGUGUGUGUGUGCGUGUGUGUGUGUGUUUGGAGGAAAGGAGAGCUCUUUACAUUUUGGCUUAGGAGGAGAGGUAGUCUGUAGAAACAGUUCAAAGUUCAGAGGCCAAAGUUGACAUGGUGCACUGUAUUACUUCCAGAGUUCUUUGUGGAUUGUUGUGCCGGAUUGUUUUUGAUUAACACAAUAAAGUGCCCAGUUACUUUA